CGGAAUCCGCGGCAUUCUGCCCUCGGUAGGCCUUCGGAGUGGGCGAACCAAACGUACGCGCGCGAGACGGUCCGUAACGAAACGAAACUAUACUCUACAAGGAGGAGGAACCUGGCCUGGCUGUGUAACACGCGACGGUCAACGGAAUUUUUGUGGGAGCAGGUCGAGCGAGCGAACGAGCAGUGCUUCCCGUAGAGGCGUCCAGAAGUGCGUCCGCUAGGUCCGUGAUCCUCCGUGGAAAUAGUGCGUGGAGUGCGAGCGAGGUUAUGUAACAAACCCUACGACGGUAGCAGCAACGCGAAUCUCCGCCAAACGGUGUCAAUUUACAAGUUUUACCAAAUUUUUGAGUAGUUCGAGUAGUGUGGGUAGUGAGAGUUUUAUAUACCUGUGAGCGAUAUCUGUGAUCCCCGAACUUCCCGCAGGGAAGCGAGUUUUUUUUUUUUAAUUGAAACGAAGAAGAGCCAGCUUUAAUAACGAGCGAAGAUCAAACGAAUCAAGAAAUUCAGCUAGAGAAGCGGGCGAGCUGUUUAUUAUUCCAGUGUGGGCGCGGAUCACCUUGAUACGAAGAUCCAGCAGUGGAACCUAGAAGUGUGUGUAGUGGGGCACGAAAAAGCUUGAUAGCUCUGUGUUUGUUGGCAGAUCGUGUGCACGAUCGCGCGCGGGAUUAAGCUAAUUUACAAUCAUUCCCAACCCGGCGCGAGAGAUAUACUCGUCGCGAAGAAGUCGUCGAGUGCAAUUGUACGCGCAGAGGAAGCUCAGGUGUCGAAGUCGCUGUCGGAGUUGGCGUGAUUAAGUCAGCAAAUAUUUGCGUUUUCAGAGAGCUCGAGCUACACGGGGCAACACCAGCAUCAAGUCAAGGUCGCGGCAUGUGCCGAAGCAGCUAGUACGUCCCACGUGACCUCGCUUCCCCCCCUUCCCGGUGCCACGGGAAGCGGCGGAACUGUAGCAUGUACGAGGUGGCAACCCUCGCGGGCAACAAACUAGACGCGGCGUACGCCAUCAAGAGCUUGUCCAGUAUCAUGGGGCAGAUUUCGAGCACCCCGACGGGGACCAACAAUAACCACCACCACGCGGCGGUCGGGCGAAACGGGAAGAAGAUCUACCACCGGCACUCGUCGGUGCAGCCGGCGCUGGCAAACAUCAAACUGCUCAAGAAGGAGAACUCGUUCAGCGGGAAGGAGCACCACAUCAAGGAUCCGCUGCACAAGGCUCGGACGGAGAGUAAAAACAUCGAUCAGCUGUUGCUGAGCAACGGGGCGGCGGCCCCGCCCGUCAGUACCGCGACCACGCUGAGUAACGACCUGAACCUCAGCCGGGACGGAACCAAAGACUCCUGUGCCGUGUUCAGCUCGACGAGCAGCAAAGAGUUCUUCAAAUCGGGCGAAGCCUACCACAAGACUGACGGUUGUUACUACAAAACGUUGGACAACGGUUACCACAAGUUACCUUCCGAUUCGUACCACAAGAUGACCGAGGGGUGCUACGUCAAGCUGCCCGACGGCAGCUUCCGAAGGUUAGACGACAAGGUACACUCCCUAGAUGCCAACACCGUGCUCGGCGCUUCCACCGGCGAGAAACGGUCCACCGGAUCCGCAGCGGAUCACUCCACCACCGGCCGGAACGACGACUCCGGCGUCCAGUACCGGGUCAAGAACCCGAUGAUGAAGUUUCUCAAGCGCUCCAAGUCCCACACCCCCGCCACGAUAGCCCAGCUCCAGAAGGAGAAGGAAAAGAACCGACUCAGUACAAUCCAAUCGCCGGCCGUGGACGCUGGUCGUCCGCCCGUAUCCCACCAGCAACAGCAGCAGGUUCUGCCGUCGCACCAGCAUCACCACUCGCACCAUCACCAGCAGGACGGCGCCGCACCAGCGACGAAAUCAUCCCAGCAUUCCAGCAGCAGUAGUCAUAGUCAGCAGCCGGCGCCGAACCAGAACCGUCGCGUCAUGGUCACCAUGAUCGACGGCGGGCUGCCGGUGGUCGCCAAAAGCAAACCCAUCCACGAUAAACCAAAAAGUGCCAAAGCCCGCGCCCAGGAUGCCAGUAGAGAUAAGGGUUCACCAAAUAUGCAGAUGCGCGGUACGGGCGCCCGGUGGCGGCCGGCCGAGGAGCACAUCGGCAAGUACAAACUGCUGAAGACGAUCGGCAAGGGCAACUUCGCGAAGGUGAAGCUGGCGAAGCACGUGCCCACCUCGAAGGAGGUCGCGAUCAAGAUCAUCGACAAGACGCAGCUGAACGCGUCCUCGCUGCAGAAGCUGUACCGGGAGGUUCGGAUAAUGAAGCUGCUGGACCACCCGAACAUCGUCAAGCUGUUCCAGGUGAUCGAGACGGAGAAGACGCUGUAUCUGGUGAUGGAGUACGCGUCCGGCGGCGAGGUGUUCGACUACCUGGUGCUGCAUGGCCGGAUGAAGGAAAAGGAGGCUCGGGCCAAGUUCCGCCAGAUCGUAUCCGCCGUCCAGUACUGCCACCAGAAGCGAAUCAUCCACAGAGAUUUAAAAGCGGAGAACCUGCUGCUCGACAGCGAGAUGAACAUCAAGAUUGCCGACUUUGGCUUCUCGAACCAGUUCACGCCCGGCUCGAAGCUGGACACGUUCUGCGGGUCGCCGCCGUACGCCGCCCCCGAGCUGUUCCAGGGCCGCAAGUACGACGGGCCCGAGGUGGACGUGUGGUCCCUCGGCGUCAUCCUGUACACGCUCGUCAGCGGGUCGCUCCCGUUCGACGGGGCCACGCUGCGGGAGCUGAGGGAGCGCGUGCUGCGGGGAAAGUACAGAAUUCCCUUCUACAUGUCGACAGACUGCGAGAACCUGCUGAAGAAGUUCCUCGUCCUCAACCCGGCCAAGCGGGCCAGCCUCGAGUCCAUCAUGAAGGACAAGUGGAUGAACAUGGGCUACGAGGAAGACGAGCUGACGCCCUUCACCGAACCUAAGCCCGAUCUGAAGGAUCAGAAGCGGAUAGGUAAGACGGAAGCGCUAGUCGCGAUGGGCUACAAUAGGCAAGACAUAGAAGAAUCAUUGACAUUCACCCGAUACGAUGAUGUAUUCGCCACUUAUCUACUUCUCGGAAGAAAGAGCACGGACCCGGAGUCCGACGGGUCCCGGUCCGGGUCGUCACUGUCGCUACGUAAUAUCGCCGGCAACGAGGGCGCCACGGCCGGCAACUCGCAGGUGCAGAGCCCGACGCACCGCGGAGUCCACCGGAGUAUAUCGGCGUCCAGUACAAAACCGAGCCGGCGGGCAUCGAGUGGGGGUGAAACCUUACAGAUCUUCCAACGCUUCAUUGCAGGCGUCGGACCGGCGGCAGCGGUUGCGGCCGCGGCGGCAGCAGCAGCCGGCGGUGGGGCCGGCGUCGUCGGGGGAACCGGCGGAACCGCCGGCACCGGGUCCGCCUCGAGCGGUGGUGCCGGUGGGGCGGCCGGCAACGGAACCACCGGAACGGCUGGAGCGGGCAGCGGUGGUGGAGGCGGCGGCGGCGGAGGCACUUCCAACAGCACGACCGCCAGCAGCAACAACCACAGCAGCUCGGGCACCAGCAGCGGCACGUCGGAGCGGGCGUCAGUUAGCAGUAAUUUCAAGCGACAGAACACUAUAGACUCAGCCACCAUCAAGGAGAACACGGCCAGACUAGCCGCACAAAACCAGAGGCCGGCGUCGAGCAUAACCAAACCGAUCACCUCGGCGGAUAACUCAUCGAUCUCCAGCCCGGCGAAGCCCCGUACCACCAGUACGACCAGCGGCAAGUUCGACCCGAGCAACGGCUCGCGGACGGUGGGCCCGAGCGCCGGCCUGAUGCCGCGCCGGUCCACCACGCUGUACGAGAAGACCUCGUCCACGGAAAAGACAAACUCCACCACGGACUCGACCUUCAUUGGUCCGAUACCGGAAUUUACCCGCGGCAGCUCGGCCGGCGCCGGCAGUGGCAAAGGUCACGUGAAGAGUGCGUCCGUCUCGAGCCCGGGACCGUCGGCCGACAGUAGUGCCAACAGCGCCGCCACAACCGAUCCCCUCCGUCAAAGUCUUACACCAGCCGUUAAUUCUUCCAGACAACCGGUUGCAUUUCCCAGGAAUGUUCCAUCGCGAUCGACUUUCCACUCGGGCCAAACCAGAUCCAGAAACAGUACGGCAUACUCCGGAGCGGGAGGCAACGUCGGCGACUCGCCACACACUGGCAAGACUUUCCUACAAAGACUUACUACCAGAUUCAGCAAACGGCCCAACGAAGGCCAACCAAAUACUUCAUCAAAUAGCAGUGGCUCGACCGGCGUCGGCGAGGAACCGGUGAAGCCCCGGGUGCUCCGGUUCACCUGGUCCAUGAAGACGACGUCGCCGCGGCUGCCGGACGAGAUCAUGGCCGAGAUACGGUCCGUGCUGGACAAGAACAAUUGUGAUUACGAACAGCGGGAGAGGUUCGUGCUGCUGUGCGUGCACGGUGACCCGAACACGGACUCGCUCGUCCAGUGGGAAAUCGAGGUCUGCAAGCUGCCCCGCCUGUCGCUGAACGGAGUGCGGUUCAAGAGAAUAUCGGGCACCAGCAUCGGCUUCAAGAACAUUGCCUCGAAGAUCGCGUACGAUCUACGCCUGUGACUCGAUACAAAAUCGGAGGAGUACCACUCGGUCGGUAGCGAUGGUGGCGGCGACGACGGCCCGGACGAUAGCGACCGAGGGGGUGGUGGAGAAGGCGAUGGCGGUAGCGGAAGUGGCAGCGGUGGCGACGAAAACGUAAGUUCCCCACGAGGUGACGGCGGUGGGGAAACGCAGCGGAAAAACAGUGGUGGCGACGACGGCGAGCGGAAAGGUUCCGCGGGCGAUUCUAGUACUACAAAAACGAUGAUGAUUGGCCACGCCCACCAGCAGCAGCAGCAGCAGUACUACUACUAUCAACAGCCGGAAAAGUUUAAAUUUGGCAAUCGAGAGGGCGCGGGAGGCGGCGGCGGCGGCGGUGGCGAAAAGGUUGCAUAUAACAGUAUAUUCACCUCGCUGCUGAGAACCACCACGCUGUAAAUAAGGUGAGCUAUAUGUCGUGAUUGUGAAGGAGGGAAACAUUUAGAACUAAUCUAAAGAUUAGAGCAGAAAUAUUGAAAAAGAAUGUUCUUUUUUACAACAGUUAGAGUAACUUUAAAAACAUCCAAACAUCCAGUAAAUGAUAGUAUUUCCAUCGUCGUUGAAGACUAACCAAAUAACACAGACUUAGAGAGAAAGAGCUAAAAUAUUAGUGGCGAAAACCAUGGUCUUCAGUUUCCUCACGUCGUCGUCGUCGUUGGUGAAUCCAUUCGUUUUAGGCAGCCACACAGUUUUACUCGAAUCCAGUAGGGCACUGUUUUGUAGCGCAAUCCUCUAUUGUUUGUAGCAAAACGAGCGAAAGAGAUUUAAAAUAUUCGCGUCUAAACAAAACAAAAUAGAACAUGUUAAUUGCACAGUACAGUUUUAAAUGUCAGAACUAAAACACACUCAAACACACCUGAAUAAAGUAAUAUAACACACACACACUCAUGCGGCUCAUCACACGAACAAAAAAAAUGCCUUUCAACCGACCACCUCAGACCACGCCCACGUUUCAUUUCACACAAAUCUUUCUCUCACGUACACUUUGUGGAAAAAAAAGUAAUAACAAACAAGACUAACAAAUCCAACCACGUGCGCUCCCAUAUUUUCGUCAACAACCUAGGAAAAUAUUAAACAAACAAACGAAAACGACUGAUUUUAUUGGUGAGUUUACCACACUAACAACAAACAAACAAAA